AUGAUCAUGGCUUUUUUCGGCGUUCCUGUCGUGGCGGUCCUGCUUCUUGGCCUGGCCGCGGCGGCGUCGGCACAGCUGUCGGCAACGUUCUACGACGCAUCCUGCCCGAGCGCGCUCGCGACGAUCAAGAGCGGCGUGACGGCGGCGGUGAGCAAGGAGCCCCGCAUGGGGGCCUCCCUGCUGAGGCUUCACUUCCACGACUGUUUCGUCCAAGGAUGCGACGCGUCGGUGCUGCUUGCCGAGACCGCCAACUUCACUGGUGAGCAGACCGCGUUCCCAAGUCCCAACGUCAACUCCAUCAGGGGACUCGACGUCAUCGACGGGAUCAAGGCGCAGGUCGAGGCCGUCUGCGCACAGACCGUCUCCUGUGCCGACAUCCUCGCCGUCGCCGCCCGGGACUCCAUUGUCGCCCUAGGAGGGGCGUCGUAUACGGUUCCGUUGGGGAGAAGGGACUCCAGCAGCGCGAGCCUCUCGGAGGCAAACAGGGACCUCCCUCCGCCAACCUCCGACCUCGCUGAUCUCGUCGGCAACUUCUCUAGGAAAGGGCUCAGCGUAACCGACAUGGUUGCACUGUCAGGAGCCCACACGAUCGGGCAGGCGGCAUGCACCAACUUCAGGAGCCGGAUCUACGGCGAGACCAACAUCAACGCGGCGUACGCGGCGUCGCUGCAGGGUAACUGCCCGCGGUCCGGCGGCGACGGUAACCUCGCACCGCUGGACGUGUCCACCCCAAACGCCUUGGACAACGCCUACUACGGCAACCUGGUCUCACAGCGCGGCCUCCUCCACUCCGACCAGCAGCUCCUCAACGGCGGCCCCACCGACGCUCUCGUUCGCACCUACGCGUCCAGCGCCGCACAGUUCAGCACCGACUUCUCCUUGGGCAUGGUGAACAUGGGCAACAUAGGCGUGCUCACGGGCGCGCAGGGGCAGGUUAGGCUAAACUGUGCCAAGGUGAACUGA